GUGUCCCCAUUUUACGGAUGCAAUUGAGGGUAUGGCUUAGUCGUCUCUCUUACUCGCAGGAGCGAGCGAUUUUUCGUCUUUUUGAAAAGAAAGCAACUCAAAAUGACUUCUUACUUCCAACGACCGUGUUUCCUUUAGUCGAAUCAUUUGAGCUCCUCUGUAAAAGCAAGAAGCAAGGCAAGUUGGUGUGUGUGUGUGUGUGUUUUAAACUGCAAACUACAACAACAAAGAGGCACUACUCCCCGACCCUCCACCACCCCGGUUCCCGAGGAUGUCAGUCACCCUGGAAGCGUCACCAAGAGAGGAGGUCGGGAGAGCAUUUUCGGGGGGCGGCCCGAGCGGCCCUGCCCGUAGGUGGAGUAAAGCGGGAGGCAAGACGCCCCGCCUGUACACUCCUCCCGAAAACUGAUGCGUCUUCUUUGACCCGGGGGUCAGAAAGAUUUAUUACUUCCUCAGUGAGGGAGAAACCCCAGACCAGCUGGAACGCGUGAGCCGGGAGUAGAAAGCCUGCAAGCGGCGCUCGGCGUCCUCGGAGCGCUCCCGGGAGCGGCUGUGUCCCCGGUUCCCGGAGGAGCCGGGCGGUGCAGACGCCGAGGGAAGAGCAGAGUGGGCGGCCGCUGAGGGAUUUCUGUUCAAACUUUAUCACCAACUCUUUCUGAGAGCAAAAAUAUGCGGCUGAGCCUGGCAGCGGCAAGGAGACUCCCAAGUUUCUCAGAGCCCCCGACGCCCGAUCGCUCCGAACCCCGCGCUCGCGCCCAGGCUUUAUGCGCACGGAUUGUUACGGCCUCUGCCGUGCGGCUGGCGGCCCGGGCUGCGUCGCCGUGAAUCGAGUCCCGCAUCUCCAGCCCCCAAGGCGGCGGCGGCAGGAGCCCGACUCUGGGAGGAGGGCGGGCGCGGGACGGGCGGAGGAGGAGGGCAGCGCGGCGAAGGGGAGGAGCCGCAGCGACAGACGGCGGCGCGCACCAACCCGGCGCCGGCUGGCAGGAGCCGCGCAGAGGCUGGCCCGAGCGUGUUGCAGCCGCUCGGCGUAGGGGGAGUCGGGUAGCAGCAUCCUCCCGGGCGCCGCUUUCGCGCGGCGGCGGCAGCGGCGGGGGCUUUCUCUGCCCGGAUACCUCUUUGGCCAGAACUGGUCGGUGCCCGGGGGCGGGCCGACAAGGGAGCGCUGCAGACUCGGACCCCUUGGCCGAUUGUUGUGUGUGUAGGGUCCUCCCCGGCCAGUCGGAGGCUGCGGAGCGGCGGGUGCUGCCGGCAAUGCCGGCCCGGGCAUCCUCCGAGUGAUGGAAGAAGCAGCUGCUGCCGCUGCAGGGUCGCGCUGCGCCCCAUCCACCGCCGCCAGAGAGAUGGGAAGGUUCAGGGCGCGGAGGCCGAGAGCGAGAAAGGCGGAGCCGCUUUGCCGGGAGCUGGGUCCUGUAUAAGCCCCCUCCCCCAGCCGGCUUCGCCCCCCAAAGCAAGGAAGGAAGCUGCGGUCUCGAGAGGGCGGCGGAGACGCCGCUGGAGCUGGGCACGCCGGGCUCAGCGGAGCGCAGGGCAGGGUUCCAGGCCCGGUGAAAGUUUCCCUUCCCAAGCCGCAGGGCGCCUGCCGCCCGGAAACUGCCCAGGGCUUGCGCUGCUGAGUCCCGCGGACCCCUCUGAGGCGCGGGGACUCCCGGGGAAGACAGAGAAACCGAGGAACGAGUGACAGCAGGACAGACCGCCCGGCCGUGAACCCGGGCGGCUCUGGGGUGCGCCCGCGGCUCCAGGUCUUUCUCGGAGCCGCUGCCAUGGGAGAGCCAGCUUUGGGCGUCGGGGACCAGCCGCCGCUGCUGCCGCGCCUGCCUCGGAGCCGCGGCCCCAGUCCCCGCGCCCGAAGUCGGCCCGCUGCGUCCCCCUCUCGGGCUGCAGGGCCGCCUCCGCCGCGCCGCCGGCCCCGGCUGUGCCUGUGAUGAGCCGCAGCCCGCUGCGAGCCCUGCCCCCGGGCGCGCUCCCCCGGUUGCUCCCGGCCGCGCCUGCCGCCGCGCCGCGCGCCCUGCUCCCGCCGUGGCCCCGGCGCCCGGGCCGUCGUUGGCCCGCGUCCCCGCUCGGAAUGAAGGUGUUCCGCAGGAAGGCGCUGGUGCUGUGCGCGGGCUACGCGCUGCUGCUGGUGCUCACCAUGCUCAACCUCCUGGACUACAAGUGGCACAAGGAGCCGCUGCAGCAGUGCAGCCCCGACGGGCAGCUGGGUGCCGCGGCAGGGGCGGCUGGCGGCGGCUGGGGGCGCCCGGGGCCGCCGCCAGCAGUGCCGCCCCGCGUACACACCCGCCUGGACCCCCGUACGCCGUACCGCCCUCCCGCCGCCGCCGCAGCAGCCGCCGCUGCCGCCGCCGUCGUUGGGGCGGCCCCCGCCGCCUCAGGAGGGGCGGCGGGGGCCGUAGCCCCUCCCCGCAAUGGCAGUCGGGGCACCGGGGGUAGCGGAGAGAAGCGGCAGUUGGUGUAUGUGUUCACCACGUGGCGCUCGGGCUCAUCUUUCUUCGGUGAGCUCUUCAACCAGAACCCCGAGGUGUUCUUUCUGUACGAGCCAGUGUGGCACGUGUGGCAAAAACUGUACCCAGGGGACGCUGUUUCCCUGCAAGGGGCUGCGCGGGACAUGCUGAGCGCUCUGUAUCGCUGCGACCUCUCCGUCUUCCAGCUGUACAGCCCCGCGGGCAGCGGGGGGCGCAACCUCACCACGCUGGGUAUUUUUGGUGCGGCCACCAACAAAGUGGUGUGCUCCUCGCCACUCUGCCCCGCCUACCGCAAGGAGGUCGUGGGGCUGGUGGACGAUCGUGUGUGCAAGAAGUGCCCACCGCAGCGCCUGGCGCGCUUUGAGGAGGAGUGCCGCAAGUAUCGCACGCUGGUCAUCAAGGGCGUGCGUGUCUUCGACGUGGCCGUGUUGGCGCCGCUGCUGCGCGACCCUGCCCUGGACCUCAAGGUCAUCCACCUAGUGCGCGAUCCUCGUGCUGUGGCCAGCUCACGCAUCCGCUCGCGCCACGGUCUCAUCCGCGAGAGCCUGCAGGUGGUGCGCAGCCGGGACCCGAGAGCCCACCGCAUGCCGUUCCUGGAGGCCGCUGGCCACAAGCUCGGUGUCAAGAAGGAGGGUGUGGGCGGCCCGGCAGACUACCACGCGCUUGGCGCUAUGGAGGUCAUCUGCAACAGCAUGGCCAAGACACUGCAGACGGCCCUGCAGCCCCCGGACUGGCUGCAAGGCCACUACCUGGUGGUGCGGUACGAGGACCUGGUGGGAGACCCCGUCAAGACCCUACGGAGGGUGUACGACUUUGUGGGGCUGCUAGUGAGCCCCGAAAUGGAACAGUUUGCCCUCAACAUGACCAGUGGCUCAGGCUCCUCCUCUAAGCCUUUUGUGGUGUCCGCUCGCAACGCCACGCAGGCCGCCAACGCCUGGCGGACGGCCCUCACCUUCCAGCAGAUCAAACAGGUGGAGGAGUUUUGCUACCAGCCCAUGGCCGUGCUGGGCUAUGAGCGGGUCAAUAGCCCCGAAGAGGUCAAAGACCUCAGUAAGACCCUGCUCCGGAAGCCCCGGCUCUGAGAGGGUUUCCUGGGAGACUUGAUUCCUUGUAGAGACACCCACGGGAGGAUUGUGGUGUAUUUAAACAAAAACAGCCCAGACCCAAACUGAGGAAGCCCACGUAUUCUAUUAUAGAUAUAUAAUAUAAAUAACCACACAGGCACUUGCUGUCAAUGUUUUGAGUCAUUGAAUUUCAAGGAACAGCCACAAUACACACACGUCUCAGAAAAGGCAAGACUUGAAAGCUCUGACCAGCUCCCCUACUCUCCUCUCCCCUACCUUUUUUCUCCCUUCCUUUUUCUCCCAGUUCUUACCCUCUCUCCUACCUGCCUUGUGUUUUGAAGUGGGAUGUUGAUUAAAUCAAGGUCCAGUAACUUAAAUCUUGUUUACAAAAUUUUCGUCGCAUCUGUGAACACAUAAAAGAGUCAUUUGGAUGUGGGGUGGGGUGGGGUGGAGAAAGGGGAAGUUGUCCAGGAGCACAAAGCUCCGUUGGACAAACCAAGGAGGCAUUCUUCUAAAAGUAGACUUGUGUAAAAGGCAAAGGUUAUAAAGUGAGUAUUAAUAAAAAAAGGUAAUAAAUAAUAUUCUUUUUAAUAUCUGCCUCCAUUACUUUGGAUUUACCUGUGCUACUUGUCCUGUGUAGCUUCGGACGGAAUUUGCUUCCCCUCCCCCCACCCCAUUUUCCCAGUCUGUUUCCUAGAAAACUGCUAGGACGGGUGGCAGCAGCUUCUGACUCCUUGAUAAGAACCUUGGAGUUGUUUUCUCACACGUAAAUCACAGCCUGUCAGGUGCCCAGGAAUGGGAACAAACCUUGAAAUUCUAAAGGCAAAAACCAAGCAAGGCACUGGAGGAGAAGGCCCACUCUACUUUCCUGUUCCACUGUGGGCACAGAAAGGAAGAAGCAACCCGUGAGGAUUUGACGGCAUUCGGUUUUGAUUAUUGUUGGGUUAAGACUGGGGAAACUUGAUGCAGAGACGUGUUUUGGUGCUGAGGUUAGUUCAGAAAAAGGAUUUUGUUUUUUGACGAAAAGUGUGUAAUUAAAUUUUCUGAGGAUUAAAACAUAGACCUCGAAAAUUAGUGUGAACACAGUGUUGACAAUGGUAGCAACUUCUUUAGAAAAAUGAAAGAAGUAUGUGUGUCUGGAGUGUUUUUCUGCCUGUGACAUAGUACAUGGAGGCAUUUGAAAAGGGGAAGUUUUUAUCUGAGAACCAUAAGGGUACGCACAGGCUUUUCCUUUUCUUUCUUGCUUCCUAUUUAAAUUAGUGCAAACAAUAUGAAUUUAUAAUGGCUUACUUGGGAUGCCCAUGAGGCUACAUUGCUUUUCCUUACUGUGUUUCCUAAAAGUAAAAUUGCAAAGAAGCUAUAACAUGUUGCAGACAGUAUAAGGCUUCAGCCAAGAGCUUCUUUUAGAUAUGAAAAUGAAUUAUGGGAAAGAGGAAAUGAAAUGAAUUAUGAGUAAGUGUGUUGGAUUUUGAGAUUUGGUAUUUUCCAGGGAGAAAACCAUUCCAAUUUUCCUGCAAUGGUAAUGGUGUUGCUGCUGUUCUGAGCCCAUUUAUACUGAAACAUUCUGCAGAAUGUCAUAUUACAAUAAGAAGUUAUGAAGCCUGAAUAGGAACAAGAGACAGUGUAGUUCUAUGUUUCAUUAAAUACGGUACAAGUUCAAUAUCAUCAUGACUUUAUUUUCUAUAAUUUAUUGUGAAAUCUCUGCAGGCCAAGCUGUGUUGGUUAAAUGCUGAGGAUUUUAAGGAAAAUAUGAUGAAAAAUAAUACAUACAUGGGAAAUAUUCAACACAAGAUGAUUCUUAAGUAUAAUUUUCAUUACAAGGUGAAAUCUCACCACGCUGUUAAGCAUUCAAGAUAAAGAAGCACAGAAGUUAAAAAGAAAAGUUGUAUUUAGCAGUGGAUUUUAUAACACAUUCUAGAAUGAUUAGUUCCUGACUUACUAAAAUAGUUUAUAGUGUUGUGUUUAUUAAACCAGAUUGUAGCUAUAACAUAUCGAUCCUGUUUUCUAUGGUGUUUUCAUGGUAGCGCCUAUGCUGAAGUAUCAUGGAAUAUUUGCAAUAGCUUUAAUUUAAGAAGACUUUAAAAUUAAAUGAACAAAAUUAAUAUGAAUGUGGGAUGACUAUAGAUGACACAGGUUUAACAGGAAAUCAAGACAGCAUCAUUAAAAAGCAACCAUUCUGAAUAAAAUAACCACUUAAAAACAAAUUUCAUACGGCAUGAGAAUCAGCUAUCGCUUAAUCACAUUAGAAUUCAUGCUUGGUUUUUGAGUGAAGGAGUUUUAAACAGUUGAAUUCAUUCUCCUCUCAGUAUAUCUAAGGACUUUGUGUUGAAGUGGAAAUAUGCUGUUUUUGGAUUUUGUAUUAAAAAAAAUAUUAGAUGCUGUGUAGAGCCUUUGCAGCCUGCAGAGCAUUGUGGCCUCUGCUCAGAUGAAAUUUUAAGCGUAAACACAGAACAUUUGUCCCCUGUGCUGUGUCUGAACGUGGUUUCCGCCCGAAAUACCCUUGUUUUGUAGCGAUGCAUUCUCUCCACUCUGCCACUCUGUAAUUUGAAAGGUGAAUUGUCGCUCCUGGAGAUUUGUUCCUAGCUGCAUUCUAGGAAAGCAAGACAAGUGUAGUUCCCACUAACGGCCGACAUAGUCAUAUCAGUGGCAUCCAGCUUCCACGGGUUUGAGAAGGAGAGAUGCAUUUUUUGGUGUUAAUAAGCUUCUGUCAGCCCCUGGUGCAAGCAGACCUGUGUCCCAACAAAUUGCAACAGAACCUGUGACGAUUUCUGAGGCAGCAAACGUAAAAGAGAUCCUUUCACAUUUCCCAACCUGGCAGGAUAUCCAUCAGCAGGAGGAAAUAUUCUUCAGAGCAGGUUAUCUGAGUGAUUUUUAUUUUCAGAUUCUGCUUAGCUGAUAGCACGCCUGACUUACUCCUUUGACUUUGGAAUGCCUUUGUUAAUUAGAAAGCUCUAUUUAGAAAAUGUAGUCUACCCAGUGCAUUUAGUCAACAAAUAUGAGUUUAGAACAAGGCAGCGGCACUGGCUGGGUGCUUGAAUUUCAGGGAGCUCAGAGGCACUCAAAGACCUCAUUCAGGCUGACCUGUGGGCACCUUGCAGGCAGGGACUGGGGUAAAUCCUGUACCCUUCAGUGUCCAUAGAGUGAGUACUUGACAAACACUUGCUAAGUACCUCCACGAAAUCUAGAACUAUCAAAAUUUGGAAGUCCUCAGAAGGGCAAGAGCGGAAGAAUGUGUUACCUGUUUGGAGAAACUGCCAAGCUGUUCACCAAAGUUUGCUGAAGGAAAGGGGGCCUUAGGCUCCUAUGUUGAUGUGGGGAAUGGGCAAUAGGAACAUCUUCAGGAUUUCCAGGGUGACUGUGCAUAGGCUAGUAUUUCCCACAGAUGAAAUAGAAACAAAAACUCAGAAUUUCUGAAUGUGGACAAGUAAAAAUUUCCAAAUGAGGAAUUUGAUGUUUAUUCUUUGUUUUCCCAAUUGCAUUAACAAGAUAAAGGCAGAACUCAAAACAUCCCUGCAGAAGAAAUGAACUCUCUGAGGGAGAGCUAUGAGGUUGUUCAUUAUUGCAGAAGCCAUGUAAUAUUUAUUUAUUAUUUUGAGUGCUUUGGAUGUGCAGUUUAAAGGACUUUGAGGUGGAUUUCACCCAGGCAUAGGAAUAGUUACUUUCAGGAAGUUUGGCCUAUUGUGGAUGCUGAAUGAGACAAUGGCUGCCUGUUCCCAUGCAUCUCUGCCUGGCCGUGGCCAGUUCUGUCCAGGAUUUCUGUUGCACACAGUAUAGUUGCGGUUGGAUUAUGCUGUCGGUUUGAAAUUAAUGUGAAUCUGAGUGAGGCUGUUAAUUAACAUUCCUUGGGUCUGAGCAAUGAAAUAAAGAUCAUGUUUGAAA